AUGAAGCUAUUAAGGCGACGGCUGGUACUGGGAGCUGUGCUGGGCACAGUUUUCUUGGGGCUGCUGGUGUUGCUGGUGGGUCAGCUGCUAGAGUCCUGGACAUCUUCAAUGAAUCUGCGGCCUCCAUCCCCAAAGAUCUCUUUGAGGAAAUUUGAGUGGCUGGCUCGGACUCCACACCCCUUGGACAUGAAUUAUCCUUAUCCCUAUCCCUUUCUGAUCAACCAUCCUGACAGGUGUAAAGAUCCCAAAGGUACCCCUUUUCUGCUCAUGCUGGUGAUGACCCAGCCUCAAGAGGUGGAGGUGCGCCAAAUCAUUCGGCAAACAUGGGGCAAUGAGACCUUGGUACCUAACGUGAUUAUCUGCCGCCUCUUUGUUAUCGGUCUGCCCCAACCACUCUUUUUUCAAGAAGUUCAAGGCCUCUUGGAGGAGGAGGACAAGGAACAUGGGGAUCUCCUCCAGGUGGGCUUCCUGGAUACAUACUACAACUUGACUCUCAAGGUCCUCAUGGGUCUCGAGUGGAUAGCCCAGUACUGUCCCACAGCCCGGUAUGUGCUCAAGGUGGAUAAUGAUGUCUUCUUAAACCCCAGCUUCCUGAUACAUCAAGUACUGCAUCCUGAAAAACCCACACCGCCAAACUUUAUCACAGGUUACAUCUACUUUGACGCAGAACCCCAGCGGAACUCGGAUGAAAAGUGGUACAUGCCUCCUGAGCUGUACCCUCAAGAAAAAUACCCUAUGUACUGUGCUGGCCCAGGUUAUGUGCUGUCUGUCUCCCUGGCCAUUAGGAUCCUGGAUAUGGCCCAGAAAGUCAGGGCCAUCUACUUGGAAGAUGUGUAUAUUGGAUUAUGCAUCAAAGAGUUGGGGAUAAAACCCACACCUUCCCCCCCUUAUGCCUUCUUAAUGAAACGGCAAGAGUAUGAACAUUGUGCCUUCCAUCAUCUUGUCCUGGUUCACCAUUUCAAGCCCCAGGAACUGUUGCAGUUAUGGCCAGACUUCCAGAAAGUCAAUGUUACUUGUCUAAGGGAUUGAUACAUAUUCUCUUUCCCCACACUCUGAUCAGACAAAUGGCUCCGACCCUACACAUUUUCCAGGAUUUGCCUUUGGGACAUGUAAGACUCUGGGUCCCCUGGAAGUACUAAUUCACAACUUCCCCUAGUAAUAUUCACUUGGCAUACUCUUCAGCAUUUCCAAAGUUACUUGAAUCCCUUGGUGGGGAUACUCAGAGUGGUACUUUGGGAUGCCACAGCUCUCACAAAGCGAGUGUCCCCACUCAAGGCGAUUCAAGGUAUUCUGUGUGUGUGUAUCCAUAGCUACUACAAGGACCAUAGUUUAUAAGCCCUUCCAAGUACUUCAACUGGUCAAUCAAAGGACACAAUUCAAUCAAAGGUAUUUAAUGAAAUAAAAUAAUAAGAAAACUAGCAAUAAAAAAA